GCAUACUUAUGUCACAAUAUGGACAGCAUUGGGAAAAGCUGUUAUUAAGAUUCGAAUGCAGAUACCAUAUCAACAUUCCGAGUCCAAUCCUUCUACAUCAAGGGCACGCCAAGCACUUCAAGAGCCAUCACGCUAUGUGCAUCGAGAGAUUAAAGCUCUUGCUCAGCUCGCUGAAGGUGGUUGUACAUCAUCACCAGUUCUACUCGGACACAUCCAGGAGCAACAAGACAACAGCAUGUGGAUUCCACAGGGGUACAUUGUUUACAUUCUAAUGACAUGGUGCCCGGGCGUCGUCUUGUUGGACUUCUGGAGGAAGGAUCCAGCUGAGCCAGGUGAUCCGAGACGCCUUUAA